GAAAGGCAUAGCCCAAACACGAUGAAUGAAGCGAUCGCGGCGUGCGACGCAGAGAGCUCCAGUACCUUGCACACGUGCAGUCGCGCCAACUGGCACCGAUGUCAUCUAUUUUACCUCGAAUACACACUCCCAGUCAUCCCGUGGGUGCUCUUUAUAGCCUUCACACUCGGAUUUGCAUGGUACACCAAUGUCUGGGCCGAAUUCCACCAACACAUUGACGACCUGCAUGACAUUCCAGCACAAGCGCUCGGUAUCGUGGUCGCUAGGCAGAAGCGGCAACUCCUGGGCCGAAAAAUUCCAGACCCACGAAGGAUAUUUAUGCUCAUAGCAAUGUGGGCUGAGCUGCCUGGCUUUAGCUACCUUCCACUGGAGCUCAUGUAUUACCAUCGAUAUGGCCGGUACAUGUUUGUGUCAAGUGCGAUCGGACAGUUUAUCAAGUUUAUCUGCGCUGCCGUGCUGCUGCUCACGCUCCUUCUCACGGUACUCCACAAAUCGCUCGUCCCGCUCCGUGUCAAGCUGCUGUACCCCCUUGUCUUUGACGCGCUAUUUGUCGUGUUCCUCUACGCAAUUGUCGAUGUCUUGACUUGUGCGGUACCCAUGGACCGCAUGCCUCUCGGCGGCGGCGCCUCCACCUGCGCCUGCCGUGAUCGCGUGUGGUUGAUGGCCGCACUAGCCUCCGUGGUGUUUGCAGCCAUCUACAUCGGGGCACUGGCCUACCGAAUACACCUCAGUGAAGACGUGUUUGGCGUGCGGUUUCGAUACCCCAUGUCAUUUUCGUACCUCAUGACUGUCGUUCGUACGGGUACUUGCCUGUUGUACAUGACCAUCACAAAGCUGCUCGAAUCAACAGACUACGUGCACACAAUCAACAUCACGGCCAUGUCAAUUUACUUUGUCCUAUUUGCCGCGCUCUUUCGCUACAACUAUCGCCUUCAACCGUGUCUUGGGUCGGGACUGUUUCCCAACAACCUCCGCGCGCUGUCGUUCGCCACGUCCUGCUGGUCCUCGCUCGCGACCAUCGGCACGACGUUCGAGACCACAACCGUGGUGGUACCCCUCACGUUUAUGGCGUUGUACCCCUUUGGGGUCGUGUUCCUGUGGCGCAUGAAUUCUGCGCGGGCUCGGCAAUACCACAUUCAAAACCAAUCGCUUACGGACGCCCUCAAUGACACCAACCUUCGCGUACGCACGGUCGCAAUCGUGAGCAUCACGUUGGAGGACCACUCACGGUGGAAAACCGACGAGAUUGCGAACGUGCUGCAGUGCCUCGAAGCAUGUCUGGCAAUGCCCGGGGUCACCGAAGACGGCCUACUCGUCGCGUACGCGUGUCAGGCGGUGUGGCACCUCUGCUGCACGCACUGCAAACUGAACGAAGCGAUGAUCGAACGACCGGGCGCGACCGACUUUGCCCCGUUCAACCUGUGGGUAUCCCACCGCCCGUCAGUGCAACAAGCGGUUAAGACCCGGCAGAGCAACCCGGGGGCCACAACGCGGUUGCAGGAACUUGUGGACCGCAAGGCGGAAACCAACACCCGAUCAGGCAUUUCCACUGUCGCCCCGUUGCUCGCCGAAGGCAGCAUCAAUACUGUCUCGAACGAGCAAUUGCUCAAGCAUUGUCUGGGCGUUGUUCUGCAACGCGCGACGUCGAUGCUGUCGCUGCCGUUUCCCAAAGCGUGCAACGUCAUGGCCAAGCUGCUGCAGGAAAUGUACAUCGCGCAGAACGUCCAGCUCACGCUCGGCACGUGGCUCAGUGUCGUGUGUACGCUGUGCGGCAACUACAACCACGAGGUGGCCGCUCAGGCUGCUACGUCACUGUGUGCCACGAUGGUCCAAUUCGACAUGACCGUCGUGCUACCGUUAUUGUGCGAUCCUGCGAAGCUCACGGCCAUCUCCCAGUUGCUUGUCGUGCCCAACGCGUUGUUACCGAUGACCCUUCUCCGGGACAAAGUGGUCGGCGUCGUGCUCGCGCGGGCCGCGGCGCAGGUCACCCGGACGGCGCCCAUGCGUGACCCGAUUCACAUGUACACACCGGCGUUUGUGACCAACAUGUCGACGGCGUGGCGCAAAUGGCAGGCCGAAUAUUCCAUGACGUUGGCAUUGGAAUCGGUGCUAGCGCUCAUGCAAAAAGCGCAGCUGACGUGGCGAGCCAUGGUCAAGCACAAACUCAAACAGAAGCAAAUGCAGUCGUCUGGGAGUCGCAUGGUGACGGUUCGGUCCGGCAACAACAAAGCGCCCAGCUCGUCGUCAAGACGGGAAGCCGUUGUCGCCACCGUCGUUCCAGAGGGUGGGCCAACAGCAGCCAUGUCAUGCGCGCAAACGUCGCGGCGGUCGUCGAUAGCCAGCGUGCACUCGGAGAUCCAGCGCGCCAUGCAUGCCUCCCCUCGAUCCGCCAAGAGCAGGUCCCCAUCGCCGUCGCGCCAUCCCAAGCACAACCGCCCCGACCGCCCUAGCAUCAUGCCCGCCCAGAACAUCAACAACCAGCCGACCAAGGUAGUGUUGCUCCAAAAUGAACCGUCGAGGCAGCGACCUGGCCGGCGGAAAAGCCACGACCACCAAGCGCCUCGGAAGACUAGUAGUACUAGUAAUCCUAGUCGGGGGCCGUACUCGUCCUUGACCAAGCCGCCGCCGCCACCGCAGCACCCCCUGCUCUUCGGACUCUCAAAGCUGCUCCUCGCGUCAGAAAAAGCCCACGGCCACACGCGCAGCUUUGACCAUUACCACCGCCGCCGCCACCGCCGCAGCAACAGCGUGCACGCCGUCGUCAACAAACUCCGCACGACGAGUUUAACCGGCGGCGACACGUUCAUUCGGAACCUGAACCACCUCGCCAAAGGCAACGGCCACGACCUUGUGCCCCCCGCCAUUUGGCGAGAGAUCAAGCUGCGGCGCGCCGUCCGGCUGCGGGUGAUGACCCAAGUCACGGCGGUCCUCGCGGAAGGGCUACAGGUGAAGCUGCUGCCCCAGUUAUUCACCCCCGCCACCGUCCAGGCCCUCCAAGCGCUGGUGGCCCUUCUGCACACAUACCCCGUCAUGCGAGCCCACAUCGCAUACGUGCUGCACCCCGACGAACAUCGGUACAUUACGUUUGUCACGAGCUGGCAACAGGCCAGAGUGCGUGGCCCUGUGGCGGCGGCAGCUACGGCGGGGGAAGAGUCCCCGUUAUGGGCCCGAGUGUUGAGUUGGUUUAGCCGCUUGGCUGAGCUCACGCCAUGGGCUUCCACCGACGACGUCGUCGUCGUGCCUCUCCAGACCAAGUCGAUGAAAAGAUCGACGUCGAUGACGAUGCUUCUGUUUCCAGGGUUCAACUUUGUCACAGAGCGCCGCCGUUGGUCGCGGCAUCCGGCUCGCAACUCGCUUGGACGGCAGUCUGGACCGCCGGUAUAGUGGGCAUACGAUGGCUUGGCACCCGAUGAGAACACUAGUACUACUAACUACUACUACCCGUCACGAGUGGAACCACAGUACGAGUACAUACUCUAGCAAUAUAAUAGUAGUCGACAAGGGUCGAUCUCGUCGUUAAGAG